GUCACGCGUGGCAGGUGAAGCGCAGGUAGUGGCGGGGGCGCGGGGAUCCGCACGAUGCCGGGGCUGAUGCUGUUCGGGCGGCGCUGGGCCAUCGGCAGCGACGACUUCGUGUUUCCCGGAGCCUUCGAGCUCUUCCUGCGGCUCAUCUGGUGGGUCGGCGUUCUUGUCCUAUACUCCGUUCACAAGGAGAGGUUCAACUGCACUGGAGGGGGACUCCUGCACACCUACCUGCUGGUCCUCCUCCUCCUCUUGGCUGCCAUCGUAUGCGCUGUAUCGGCCAUUGUGUGCAUCAGUAUGCGAGGGACAAUUUCUAACCCUGGGCCAAGAAAAUCUCUUCCUAAACUGCUUUAUACUCGCCUUUUUCUCUUCUUGCCUGAAUUUGUGUGGGCAACUGUGGGUGCUAUCUGGGUGUCAGACAGCAGGGUGCAUUGUGAAAAGACUGUGGUAAAUGCCAUCUUCGGGACAGUCAUUGCCAGCUGGAUUAUCAUCAUCUUUACCGUCAUUGCAAUUGUAAUUGUCUUUGAUCCGCUUGGGGGUAAAAAGACCUUGUACCUCACUGAUGCUAUAGAUCGCAACCUGGAAAGCAGUCAGUCAGGCCAGCUAUUCUAUAAUGUCAAGAAGACUGCAACCCGAGUCUGGGAGAAAAGAAUUAGGUUAAUGUGUUGUUGUAUUGUGCAAAAUGAUGACCACCGAGUGGCUUUUACAAGUAUUGCAGAACUCUUCAGCAGCUACUUUUCAGACACUGAUUUGGUGCCAAGUGACAUAGCAGCAGGUUUGAGUCUGCUCCAUCAAGAGCAAGAUAUAGUAGAGAAUUGUCCAAAAGACCCUGAAGAAAUUCUCUGUCAUUCCCCAACAUCUCCUGUGGCUGAUAAUUUGGAUGUUGAAUUAGAAAAUGCUGCUCACUACAUGCAGUUUGCUGCAGCUGCUUAUGGAUGGCCAUACUAUAUAUUCACUAACCCAUUUACUGCUCUCUGUAGACUUAACCGUGACUGUUGCAGAAACAGAGCAACAGAUCCUGAUAUAGUUGGUGGUGAUUGUCUUAACUUUCACUUUGGAUCCAUCCUAAGAAUAACAGGGCUGCAGUACAGAGAUUUUAUUCAUAUUAGCUUUCAUAACAAGAUUUUUGAGAUUCCAUUUUUUGUCGCUUUGGAUCACAAAAAAGAGGCUGUUGUGGUUGCAGUAAGAGGAACCCUGUCUUUUGAGGAUAUCAUCACUGAUCUAUCAGCAGACUGUGAAGACCUGACACUAGAAGACAUUCUGGAAAAUGGCUUUGUACAUAAGGGGAUAACACAAGCUGCAAAUUACGUUUACCGAAAGCUAAUAAAUGAUGGAAUUCUAAACCAGGCUCUCACCGUUGCCCCUGAGUAUAAAUUGGUGAUAGUUGGGCACAGUUUAGGUGCUGGAACAGCCUCCAUUUUGGCCAUCCUGCUCAAGAACUCCUUUCCAACACUCAGGUGUUAUGCCUUCUCUCCUCCAGGAGGACUGUUAAGCAAAUCACUUGCAGACUACACUAAGCACUUCAUCAUAUCUGUUGUUGUUGGAAAAGACCUCGUCGCAAGGUUAAGUAUGCCCAACAUGGAAGACCUGAAACGAAGAAUCGUGAAAAUAGUGGCCAGUUGUAACAGGCCUAAGUACCAGAUCUUGCUGCGUGGGUGUUGGUAUGAAGUCUUUGGGGGAAAUCCAGAUAACUUCCCGACUGAGCUGGAUGGUAGAAGUCAAGACACCCUGACCCAACCUCUUCUGGCAGAGGAGAGUUUGAUGGUUCAUCAUUCACCUUCUUACAGUACCUUGGGGGAUGAAUCUCAUUUAAAUUCACCUCAGUAUCCUCAGCUGUAUCUUCCUGGGAAAAUCAUCCAUAUUGUAGAAGAAUCCAGCACAAGAAGGUGGUGCUCUUCAGAUGUUAAAUACACUGCAAGAUGGUCAAAAGAAACUGCCUUCAGAAAUAUUUUAAUAAGUCCCAAGAUGAUAACAGAUCACAUGCCAGAUGUUGUACUCAAAGCUCUGAACAGCUUGUCCCAGGAUAAAGCAUCUUGUAUUUCCUGUCAGACACAAGAUGAUUUUAAUACCAACAUAGUAUGAGAACAGCAGUGCUGCUCUCAGGUGAAGUAUUCAGGAGGCUUUUGACCUCUCGUGCUUAAGCAGACACAAGUAUCCUUUAUGCCAUACCUGAAAUGGAAACGAGAGGUUGAAGUGAUUCCUUCAGAAUGCAAAAUGCAUUUUGCCUCUGUGGUGGCGGCUCUUAAAUUCAGAACUUGAACCCUCUCUGCAUUUUAACAACCAUCUUUGGAAAUGGAACAAUACAAGGAGCUUGAGCCAAUUGUGUGUAAACCACUAGAUCUUGACUAACAAACAGGGAGACUGAGGCAGCAUGGUUCCUGCCUUAGCCAGAUGUUGCAACCUGUAUUGUAGCUUCAGCUCUGCUUCCAGCUUAGUCAUUUUAUAGGUAGGAGACUGAGCCACAAUGAGGUCUGCUGCCCAUCUUUUUAUGUCACCAAGAUUCUUGGAUGUUAUGAAAUAAAGCAGAGCUGCACUGUCUAGAACAUCUGGUUUCUGGAGGAAGUGGGUGUGGGAAGAUGAAAACA